GCGGGGAGUCAGUCGGGAUGCUCCAAAAUGAAACGUCAUAGAACUUUCAGCACCAGUGACAGUUCAGAUGAGAGUGCUUCCACUUCUCUUACUGGCUCAAUGUAUAGGAGCAAGUCAAAAAUUCCAAAUGAACACAAGAAAUCUGCUGAGGUAUUCCGAAAGGAUCUCAUCAGUGCCAUGAAACUUUCAGAUUCUCACCACAUUAAUCCUGACAGCUAUUACCUCUUUACGGAUACAUGGAAAGAAGAAUGGGAAAAGGGAGUCCAGGUACCAGCCAAUCCAGACACUCUUCCACAGCCUUCCCUCAGGAUUGUAGCUGAUAAGGUAAAGGAUGUUCUGUUUACCCGCCCCCGGAAGUACAUCCAGUGCUCCGACCCAGGGACCUCAGAGCCUGGCUAUGUCAACAUCAAGGAGCAGGCGGCAUCUGUAUGCCGCUAUGACCUAGACGACAUGGACAUCUUCUGGCUCCAGUCACUCAAUGAAGAUCUUGCAGAAAUGGGCUGUGAGCCAAUUGAUGAGAAUCUUAUGGAAAAGACAGUAGAAGUCCUGGAACGCCAAUGCCAUGAAAAUAUGAACCAUGCUAUUGCGACAGAGGAAGGGCUAGGCAUAGAAUAUGAUGAAGAUGUGAUCUGUGAUGUGUGCCGGUCUCCAGACAGUGAAGAAGGGAAUGAUAUGGUAUUCUGUGAUAAGUGUAACAUCUGUGUGCAUCAGGCCUGCUAUGGCAUCCUCAAGGUCCCAGAAGGCAGCUGGCUUUGUCGCUCCUGUGUCCUGGGCAUUCAUCCUCAAUGCCUGUUAUGUCCAAAGAAAGGUGGAGCCAUGAAGACCACCAAGACAGGAACUAAAUGGGCUCAUGUCAGCUGUGCCCUGUGGAUUCCAGAGGUCAGCAUUGGUUGUCCUGAAAGGAUGGAACCAAUCACGAAGAUCUCCCACAUCCCGCCCAGUCGAUGGGCCUUAGUCUGCUACCUGUGCAAGGUGAAGACAGGGGCUUGCAUUCAGUGCUCAGUGAAAAGUUGCACCACUGCCUUCCAUGUCACCUGUGCCUUUGAGCACAGCCUAGAGAUGAAGACCAUCCUAGAUGAUGGGGAUGAAGUGAAGUUUAAGUCUUUCUGCCUCAAGCACAGCCAUAACAGGCAGAAACUCGGGGAGACCGAGUACCCCCUAUACUGGGCUGCAGAGCAGAGCCAGGCCAAAAGUGAGAAGACCAGCCUGCGAACGCAGAAACUUCUGGAGCUGGAGGAGGAGUUCUAUACCCUGGUCAGUGUGGAAGAUGUGGCCACAGAGCUGGGGCUGCCCAAACCAACUGUGGACUUUAUAUAUAACUACUGGAAACUGAAGCGGAAAAGCAACUUCAAUAAGCCAUUAUUUCCUCCGAAGGAGGAUGAAGAAAAAGGCUUAGUGCAGCCAAAAGUGGAAAAUAUUCACACUCGCAUGAGAAUGUUUAUGCAUCUACGGCAAGACCUAGAGCGGGUCCGAAACCUGUGCUACAUGAUAAGCAGGCGAGAGAAGCUGAAGCUGUCAUACAACAAAGUUCAGGAACAGAUCUUCGGUUUGCAAGUCCAGCUUCUUAACCAGGAAAUGGCUGAAGGACUUCCUUUGACAAGUGCACUAGAAAACUCAUUGUUUUACCCACCACCAAGAAUUACCUUAAAGUUAAAAAUGCCCAGAUCAGCCCCGGAAGACUGCAGAAACAGCUCCACAGAGCCUGAUCAUGGACCCCUCUCUCCUGACAGCAACUCCCCUGUUCACAGUAUGGGGAGCACGCAAGUGCCUCAGGAAUCAUUAGAAAUGAGAAUGAAAUCGUACCCGAGGCAUCCAUUAGAAAGCAAGAAUAACCGUUUCCUGACCAGUCUGGGCCUUUCUAGGAGUGAAUCAAAGGAUCCCAGUCCUGCUUGGACAACUCCAUCUCCGGAGUUCUAUCAUGGGCAGUCACUGGGAAAACCUCUGGUCCUCCAGGCUGCCCUGCAUGGACAGUCCUUAAUUGGGAAUGGGAAAAGUCAGCCUAACUCCAAGUUUGCCAAAUCCAAUGGCCUGGAGGGCAGCUGGUCUGGGGAUAUCACCCCAAAAGACAGCUCGAGUGAGAUGUUAUGUGGCCAGGAUUCCAUGCUCAGCUCCCACUUGGCCAGUCAGGGCAGCUUUAGAAAACCUGUGGAACACUUCAGCAGGUCCUUUAAGGAGUCCACCAACAGGUGGGUGAGGACCACAGAGGGCCUCCAGUGCUAUGGGAAGCCAACUAAGAAUGCUAAGCCCAGGGAACAGCUCUGGGGCAAGCAGCUGGUCAGGCGUUCUGCAGGGAAAGCUCCAUAUCAGGAAAACGAUGGGUAUUGCCCAGAUUUGGAGCUGAGUGAUUCAGAAGCAGAAAGUGAUGGGAAUAAAGAGAAAGUCAGGGUAAAGAGAGAGAGCUCAGACAGGGAGAAUCCUCCCCAUGACUCUAGACGGGAUUGCCAUGGUAAAAGCAAGACAUAUCCUUUCUCCCACAGUUCAAUGCAGAGGUGAUUAACAACUUCCAUGAAUAACUCGGUCUUUGCCUUUGCCUCAUGUGUUGUGGAAAACCCAUACACCAAAAGGAUUCUGGCAUGUGUUGGGGAGGAAUUUUGGUGAAAA